UCUCAACUUUUCGGGAUUAACCAUUACAUUUGAAAUGCUAAGUUCUGUUCCGAGAGAACGCCCACGCCUACGUUGUCAAUUACCUGUCAGUAUUUGACUGUCAGUCAUCGAUUUCGGUUCAACAAGUUCAGUUUAACAAGUUCGGUUCAACAAGUUCGUUUGCUUAAAAAGAAAGAAAAAAAUGGCAACAAUACCAAGAAAAAUUUUAUCUGUAAGAUCACCGCGAGAAAAUCGUGAACCUACAAAACCUUCGAAAACUGUGAAUAUAAGUAAAGUUAUAGUGAAAACAAAGAAUCUAAGACAUAUGUUUCAAUUUGCGUACAAGAACAGUGACACGAUAAAGAAAUUUGCUGUUUGUCUGUUAUGCAAAGCAAACGGUGAUGAUAAGGAAAUAAAAAUGACUGAAGGAAAUACUUCAGGUCUAUCGAAGCAUUUACGCAAUUAUCAUGAAGCAGAAUACGAAGCAACGUAUUUAAAGUCAAAGAACUUCUCUGAACUUCAGGAACCAGACAACUGGGAGGACAUCUGCAAGGAUCAGACUGAUACUGGAGCUGCUACUAUGGCUGGUUUUCAGACAAGUGGUAAUGCUCUGUGGGCUAUUUUCGAGGCAGAAUCUGCAUUUUUCCCUGAAGACUUGAAGCUUAUAUUGAAAGCAACAAAAUAUGACAACUUAUUUUCUUUGGAAAAUUUUACUGAAAAAGACAAGGAGAAAAUUGAAGUAUUUAUGCAAACCAUCCUAUAUCAAAUCAUCAAAGAAGAAGAUCGUGAACUGUAUUAUGGGAUUUUUAAAGACCAUCCUGAAAGGUUUGUAUUUGUUGGAGGUCACGAGCAAACAUUGACUGCAAUGAUUAAAUUGGCCAAGAGGGUAGCUACGUCACACAGAUGGUCUAAAGACCCGGCUUUUGUUUCUACAACUUCCAGAAAAUCACUGGAACAAUCUAGUGUAAAGCAAGAAACUGAUGAAGAGAGAAUACUGACUUUGAAAACCACACUGGAUACCAAUGUGAACAAGUAUAUCCAAGAAAAUUAUUCAGGUCAGCCACUGGCUCAGGUUUCAGCCAGAGUAGUAGCAGAUGGCCUUGGUUCAUACAUUGCUACAUUGGGGUGUCCUUUUGCCGACUGUAAAAAGUUAACAAAAAUUACAAGAAACAAGACCAGAUGGAACACAUCUAACUUCUAUGCUCACGUAAAUACACAUUGCUCGCAAAAGAAACAGCCAAGAAACACUGUGAAUUUGGUGCAAAUGCUUUCUCAGAUGAAAGAGCAAACUUCCGAAAAUCAGAAUAGUGAAAACAAUUUGAAGGGAGAAGAUCCGAAUCCUAAAAGGAUCAAGAAUUCUGAUUCCUCGUCUGGCGAAGAAGGAUUGGAAUCUUCUCGUAUAUAUAUAGGCCAAAGUUUAGCUAAUGAAGAUUGUGGAUGGUUGUUUGCCCAGCAAGCGACUCAUAUGCAAAUUAUAAAGCAAGAAGCAGAUAAUGAAGAGGAAAAUUGCAGGAUGGAAAGGAAUAAUGAAGCCAAACUUGUCACUGCAGUUCUAGUGAAUACUAUAAAAGAGACGAAUCUACAUUCCAGCAAGGCAGAUUGGAAUUUUCCGGAUGUGGAGAGAGUGAACGAGUGACAACUCUUCUCCACAAAACGCAAAAUUUAGAUCAGUUCAGUCGCUCCAAACUUGAGGAAAGAAAACAUGUGAUUGCUGCUCAAAAUAGUCAGCAAAUCAUUGAAUAUGUACAAAUUUCGAAUGAAAUCUACGUUCUUUUAGAGGAAAAGGACGAACUUGAGUUUCUUACUUAUUUCAUAGAAAAAUUAGGAGUAGAAUUUUGUCAAAAAAUUUACUAUUUAUACAUUUUCUUAAAUAAAUUAAUUAUGUUUACCAGUCUCUCCAACUUAAAUU